AUGGUCAACCAUUCUGGAGAAGAAUUCGAUCUUCUGGUGAUGGAUGACUUGGUCCUUUCUGAUGAUGACCUCCCCCUUCCAAAUAGCUUAGACCAUACAGCCGGACGUGGCAUGGGAUCUGGGGGGAUGGGCAUGAAAGGCCUGUGGGUGGGUGGAACCACUGUUAUGAAGGGCGUGCAGAUGGCUGGAACCAAUGUGCCUAUACCCUCAUUGAUCUGUAAUGUGCCUGUUGAAGAGGUUCCAAAACGUGUAUUGGAACCAUCCAACAAUCCAGAGGGCCAGGACAUCCAGAAGAAAGAUGGCCCACCCAAAAAGAGGGCCCAGACCGGUGGGAAACCAACCCCAGCCAAACCCACCAGAAGCAGCGCCUGUACCAAUGCCCCUGGUUUGUCCAUCCCUUGA